AUGUCUUCCAAAACUGAUGCUGUCUCAACGGCUAAAUCUGGCGGUACGAAAGCAACAAGUUCCACAGCGAGUGGAAGACCAGUAUUGAAAAAUCUAACUCGUGCGAGAGUACCACAAGCUGGUCUCAUUGGUAUUGGUUUGGCGACAGUAGGCGCACUUGCAUGGAAAGUGCUAGUAUCUGAUCGACACAAAAAUAAUUUUACAUCGUUUUAUAAAUCUUUCGAUCCAGAACGUGAUUAUGCUCGUAUGAAAGCCUCAGGUGUUUUUAAAUCUCUCGAGGGAGUUGAACGACCUGCUUGGCUUAUGAAUAAAAUCAACCAAAACUAA